AUGGCAGGGCUCGCGCUCGGACUCGCCCCAGUAGUCCGCGAUUGGGCUGCGACUGGCUUGUACGCCGCCAACCUCUGGACAUCUCUCCGCAGGGAUUGCCACUGCACGUGCACCUUCACAGGGGAGCACGACAGAGAGCUGCUGCAGGUCCUUCAGCGCCAACUAGACAGGUGCGGCCCUGAGCAGCUUCGGAGCGCCCCGUUGGAGUGUCCCUCGGUCUUCUGGGAGCUGUACUGCCUGUACAGCCUGGAGGAGAGGUUGUACCACGAGAGGCUUCUGUGCGCCCACGUGGAAGGCUCACGGCGGGCAGUGGCGACGCCUGACGGCGACGUGUACGUCGAGGACUUUGCUGACGAGGAUCAUGUGGAGAUCCACCGCGCCGGGCCGCGUGGUGGAGCACCGCCGCAGCUGCGCAAGAAGAUGCUGUGCCGCUUCGACCUUGACGAACAGGGCCUAGUCUCUCUCAUGGACGAGGGGGCUCGGCUGGCGGAGUCGGAGCGCCGCGAGGCCCUUUGUGAGUCGGUGCCGCCGGGGCCAGUGCCCAUCCGCCGGCUCCGAGGGAAGCAGCAUGCACCCCCUGCGGCGGCGGACUGUGGCACGGACACGCCGCGUGGCUCCGAGUCGCGGCUGGGCUUCAGGCGGGGCUCGCCAGUGGACGUGACGUUCGCCACCGUCUACGCCCUGGACGAUCGCGCCAUGGCCUCGUUCCCGGAGGGGGUCAUCACGCUGGGACGAGCGGGGGCCCUCUCCGACGAGGAUGAGGUACUGGACGAGCGCAUCCUGAGGUACCGGAGGAGCGGCACGGGCCAGCAGCGGCGCGCCUUCGCGGAGGUGGUGGCCGAGCAGCGCAAGGUGCUCAGUACUCAGGAGUGCCGCGUGCAGGGGCCCGCUACCAUCGGCUGGCUGCUUCAGGCACAUCUGGAGCAGGGUAGCGGGCCCGUCCAGCGGCACUACUGGUGGCGACAGAUCCUGGGGUUGGCUGCGGCCGACCCCGGGGUCGACGAGCAUUUGUUCCUGUGCGAGCUGAUCGAGACGGCCUCCACGGCCGACCAGCUCAACCUCCCCGGCUGCGAGGCGUUCGAGCUGGCGGCCAGGCGCUUCCAGCUGUGGGAGGAGGUGUACUCCGAGGCCCUGCGCCAGGUCGAGGUCUCAGGCACUGCGGGGGCCACGGCAGACUCGGACGGCUGGCUGGACGAGCGCAGGAUCUUCCUGGGCGGCACCCGCUCCACGGGCCAUGCUCUCGCGUCGCCGUCCUUGGAGAAGCACGUGGCAGAGAGGAUGCAGGAGGAGAGCGCCAUCCUGAAGGAGGGGCGGAAGGGCAGAGAGGAGCGCCGCAUGGCACGCGGUGUGAGCAGCAGCGGCGCCGACGCCGCACCAGGAGGAGUCUCGGACACUGGCAUGGCGCGCGACGCCCUGCCCCUCCCGCUGGGCGCGACGCUCGACGAGCUGCUGCAUGGGGCGGCGGCCCGCCUUCUGCCGCAUGGCGGCGGUCGGCGCGGGCGGCAGCGCCGGCGUCAGGAGGUCUGGCUGCGCGAGGGCAUCGCCGCGCUGAACGACCUCGGUGGCCGCGGUGGGGAUGCUCCCGCGGGGGCCCCAGCGGCCUGCCAGGUCGCCGCCGUGCGGCGCCUCGCGCAGCUCUACGGCAGGGUGGGGCCGCCGCCGUCCGACGUGACUCCCCUGGGGGCGUGGCAGACGCUCCAGGCUUCGCGGAACGGCUAUGCAGACGUCAUGGCCGAAGGUGCUUCGACUACCUAUAGGAAGGGGGCCAUGGCGCUCCCGCGGGCUGCGGCGGGGCGGGUACGGCUUACUGACGUGCUGCCGCCGCACCUGCAGUCUCUCUUGUUUGAUUCGUCGCAGAUGUUACGAGAGCCGGAGGCUCGCAAUUUUGCUAUGGGUGAGGCUCCCAGGGUCUGUGCCAUGGACCCAGUGUUGCAGCGGCAUGGCUACCAGUUUGGCGAGUGCCUCUCCGAGCUGCUCUCCGCGGGCAUCAUCGAGCGCGCGGCCGAGGGCAGCAUCAUCGAGCGCGCUGGCAUCUUUUUCGUCCCAAAGAAGGACUCGUCGCUGCGGCUGAUCUUCGACGCCCGAAGGUCCAAUGCCCAUUUCCAGGACCCGCCCUACACGCUGCUCGCGAGCGGGGAGGCCCUGGCGAACUUGGAGGUUGACGCCGCUGGAGGGAUUGCUGUUGCCUUUGGCGACGUCGAGUGCUGCUUCUACCAGUACGAGCUGCCGUCGUGGGCACGUGCCUUCUUCGGUUUGCCAGCGGAGGCCCAUGCCCACGUCCUGAGCACCAUCAGCCCGGGGGCGCCCUGGAUCGCUGACAAGGUGCCCACGCCGGCGCUCGGGGCUCAGUGCGCCACCGCCAAGAUGCUGCACAUCGACAGCGUCGCAGUUUUCACGUCAGGCAGCGGCGACCCCGCUCUGGAGGUGGAGCGCAUGCUGGCUGCUCUGGGUGCGCGGGGGAUUCAGGCUUCCUUCGACCGCGAUGAUGGGGACCUGCACACCCUGCUCGGCUUCGUGCUGCACAAGCCCUCGGCCACCUGGCGCCUUCCGCACAGCAAGUUUUGGCGGCUGAAGUUCAGCCUCGAUUUUGCACUGGCGCCUGGACGUCUCGUCACGGGGCGCGAGCUCGAGAGGCUGAUGGGCCACAUCACCGCGGCCGUCAUGCUGCAGCGGCACAUGCUCUCGCUCUUCCAUGCGAUCUAUGAGUUCUGCAGGCGCUCGCGGGACAAGCGGCAGCCUCUCUGGUCGUCGGUGAGGCGGGAGCUCUCGUGGUUCAGAGCGCUGCUUCCCUGCGUGACCGUUUCGCUGAGUCGCCCCUGGUGCGAACGUGUCACCGCCACGGACGCCUCUCCAUGGGGGUUUGGCGUCGUGGAGCAGCCGUGGCCCAUCAGUGAGGUUCGGCGAGUUGGCAGCCUCUCGGAGCGCAGUCGCUUCAGAGGAGUCCUGACAGCCGAUUACGCCCCCAGGGACACGCUGGUCGAACAGCAGCUCCUGCACGCCUCGGCUGCCGACGUCACCGCGGAGGGCACCUUGACCCACGUUGAGGAGGUGCCGGCAGCGCGGCUCUUGGCUGACCCUUGGGCGGUCGCGGGCGCCCGUCGCUGGCGGCGUGCCGCGGCCAUCCACGUCCUGGAGGCUGAGGGGGCGCGCUGGGCUGUGCGGCGCCUUGCUCGCAAUUCGCAGCUGCAUGGACAUCGGCACCUCAUCCUGGGUGACAGCCUCGGGGUGGUUUGCGCGUGUGAAAAGGGCAGAGCUGCACACUUUGCACUCAACGUCGUCUGUCGGGAGAUCUGCGCUGUCUCAAUCGCCUCCGGGAUGCAGCUCAGGUUCAGGUGGAUCCCAUCAGAGCUCAACCCUGGAGACGCCCCCUCUCGCAGGUUCAUGCCAGGCGCGGGGAAGCACCACGUUGUCGGACAGUGCAGCACACCCCCGGGCCUGGCGGAGAAUGCGACGGCCUACUGGGUCAACCCCGCCUACGGCAAGCGCGCCCGCGAUGCAGCGGAGCCCAGGCCGGCGCCGACCACCCGGCGCGCCUCCGACUGGCGCGGCGGGCACGGGCCGCCAGGCCCUUCGGGCCCCCGCCGGGGCUGGACAUCCCAGGCGCCGCUGAGCGACAGGCCCGCAGAGAUCUGUGCGCGGCGGGCGCGGCUGUGUCCGCGGCUCUCGCGACUGGCGGCUCGUCGGGUACGACGCGCCACCGAGCUCUCGUACCUGCGGGCGCUGACCAUGCUCUUGGGUUGGCUACGGCUGCUGGCGCUGCCGAGCUGGACUCCCGCGCAAUGGGACGAGACGCUGGUGGACUACUCCGAGUGGGCCUUCGACCGCGGCAUGGGCCGGGAGGCGUUCUCGCGCACCCUCUGUGCCUUGGUUUGGGGCGAGCCCGCGCUGGGAGGGCCCGUUCGGCGCCUCUUUCCCGCGGCGCACGCGUCGCUGUCAGGCUGGACGCGGCUCCAGCCGGGACACUCUCGCCCGCCGCUGCCGCGGGCGCUCGCGCUCGCGAUGGCGGCCGUGCUGGCCUCGAUGGGGAAGCCGGACUCGGGCCUGUGCAUCUUGGUGGCCUUCGAGUGCUACCUGCGCCCGUCGGAGGCCGCGACCUUGCUGGCCAAGCAGCUCCUGCCAGGCAGAUGCAAAGAGGUCGGGGUACUGCAGCACCCCCUCCUGAUCCUGCAUCCAGAGGAGCUCGCUACCAGCUCCAAGACGGGCGAGUUCGACUCCACAGUUGCGUUCGACCUUCCUCGACAUCACUGGAUUGGGCGCGCUGUCGUGCGGCUGCAGCGGCUUCGACACGAGGACGAGCUGCUGUUCCAGAUCUCGUAUCCGCAGCUCCUGGCCGACUUCCAUGCUGCCUGUCAGUACCUCAAGCUCGAAGGUUUGGGCUUCUCGCCGCGCUGCCUGAGGCACGGCGGCGCGACACGCGACCGCGCCGCAGGUUGCCGCUCACUUCUGGAGGUGCAGAGGCGAGGAAUGUGGAGAGCGGCGUCGUCAGUUCGGAGGUACGACAAGGCCGGGCGGCUGGCGCUGGCCAUGCGGAACCUCAGCAGCGCCCAGAGGAAAAGCUGCGAGAUCUGGGCGGCAGCCGCCCCGCGGCUCUUCGACAGCGCCUACGUGCUGCCCUCCGCGCCGGCCGCCUUG